AUGGAAUAUUACAAUUAUAUUAGACAAAUAGACAGUUUUAUACCAAAUCAUUACAUCGACAUUCCACCCGGCUAUGAAAUGGCAUCAUCACGGCAGAAUGGAUUGACAAAAAAUGUUCGUAUACAAACAGCAUUAACAGCAGCAGAUCUUAAUAAUGAAACAACUCACUUUCGAGAACAUACGAAAAGCAAAAAUAUUCGCGUACAAACCAUGUUAACAGCAGCUGAACUUAAUGAUCAGUCCGAUGAUUUUCGACAAUAUUCACGAAACAACGGUCUGUCUGUUUCAUCCAAUACCGUAUCGCAUCAAAUGGAUCAACAAAAUCAAACAACAGAAGCUAUUGAUUCCGAACCAUUCGAUGAUAUAAAUUUGAGCCUAAAUCAGCAAAUUCUGGACACAAAUAAUGAUAAUAUCAAAAAAGAAAACGUUCUCGAAAAUAAUCAUGUUCAUGAUGAAAGUGAAUUCAUCAAUCCUAUUGAAGGAUAUGCUGAUGAACCACUUUUAUCACUUGUUGAUGCCUGCGAACCAUUGACUGAUGUGCUACAUAAUCUCUCAUUCUAUGUCGAAUUAGCAUUGAAUGAAACACCCCGCGAACCACCCGACCGACUAUCAGUUGACGAAAGUGCUGCCAUUCGUCUCUACACAAUCGAAUGGGACAAACCACACCGAAGUCUUUAUUCAAUGGUGAAUUAUCAUUUGAAAAAUAUAGAUCGCGAGAAACUCUUACCAUACUUCAGAUAUCUCAAACUAUUUAUAACUGCUCUCGUCAAACUGCCAUGUGUUCCACCAUUGACAGUAUGGCGAGGUGUGACCAAGAACUUGAGUGAUGACUUUCCCCCAGGCACACGAGUGACAUGGUGGGCAUUCUCAUCGACUACGUCAGAGAUGACUGUACUCGAAAAUAACAUGUAUCUGGGUAGUGAAGGUGAUCGAACACUCUUCUCAGUCGAAGCAAUCAAUGGUCGAACAAUCAAAGCUCAUUCACAUUUUGUCACUGAAGAUGAGAUCUUGCUUUUACCUGGUACUCAUAUGAUUGUUCAAUCACAGCUUUCUCCAGCCGCUCAACUUCACAUCAUUCAUUUGAAACAAGUCAAACCAGAAGAAAAACUUCUUGAACUACCGUUUCCAGGUGCACAUGUUUACCCCAAAACACAUUUGUUGACUACUUUGAUAAUCGUAGGUGUUGUCGUUGGUGUGAUUUUUGGUACAAAAUCAAAUUUGAAACGAACAACUCUUCGAUGCACAAGUCUAUUUGGUGCAGCUAAUGAAUUCAGUACUCAACAUACUCCAACUUCUGUAGUGGUCGGUUACUUUAGAAAUAGCAGUCAAGCUGAUGUGAUUGUUUCUAGUAGCAAAGAUAAUAAUGUUGGUGUCCUACUGAAUAAUGGAAAUGGAAUUUUGAAAGUUAUCAUAGGUGAAACCGAUACUAAUCCAGUAGCAAUGGCAUCGGGUGACUUUAAUAACGACACAUAUGUGGACUUAGUAGUCGUAGAUCGAGGUGCCAAUACUGUUCGUAUGCUGCUCAAUGAUGGACAAGGUGCACUGAACAUUUUAAACGACUAUGACGUUGGUGAUACUCCAAUAUUUAUCAAAGCAGCAGAUUUUAACUAUGACAAAAUCUUAGAUGUCCUAGUCAUUAAUCAAUAUGAUACCUUCGCUAGAAUAUUGUUUGGCAAAGGAGAUGGAACAUUUUCCAGUAUGAAAAAUUUGGACAUUGAUCUUGUUGCCUCGUCAGUAGUAGUAGCUGAUUUUAAUAAAGAUAACAUAUUGGAUUUAGCAUUUAGUAAUAUCAAUGAUAAUUGUAUUUCCGUUUUAAUUGGUUCUACAAAUGGAAGUUUUCAAGAUACAGUGAAAUAUAAUGUUGGAUAUUCACCAUCGUUGCUGAUAACCGGUGAUUUUGAUAGUGACACUAUAGUGGAUCUGGCAAUCGCUGGUCAAGGUGAUAGUUCUGUUUAUAUAUUAUUUGGUCAAGGGGAUGGAGUCUUCCAUAAUCUAAUUCAAACUUCUACUAUUUAUUAUCCAUCUUGCUUCGAGUUAUAA